UCUCACAACCUGCCGAGUAUUUACACACGCGCGUUUCACAUACCUCAAUCUCAAUGCCACUCUACAAGUGCAACACCCAAACCACGCUUCGCUCCUCAGUUUUUCCUAACCAGCACUGCUACUACUGUAACAACCGAAAGCACUCGCUCUAUGCUCUUUUACAACACGUCGCCGUGAGAAAAUCUGGGAAUAUUUCCACCUGAUAAAUUGUUUGAAGAGAGAGAGAGAGAGAGAGAGAGUACUGUUAAAAAGGGAGUGCAUUUUGAAUUAAGAAUCAUGACGACGGUAGUUCAACAACCACAGCAAGGAGCGGUCACGACGGUCGUGGUGACUGAGAAGCAACCUAACGCAUGUCGGCAGGCUAUUCCCGCCCUGCAUAUUGCUGCAGCUGUGCCAUGCCUCAUCCUCAACAUUUUCCUUCCAGGAAUUGGAACGAUCGUUGCUGGUUUCUCUGUGUUUUGCUGCGGUAACCCAGGUCAAGAGGGUGCUGGUAAGGUGGGUACGUGUUGUCUGAACAUCUUUGUUGGACUUCUCCAAUUGCUGACCUGCUGGAUCUUCCUGAUCGGAUGGAUCUGGAGCAUCAUGUGGGGAAUUGCCUUCCUCGGUCUAUCUGCUGACUACCACUCGCCCCAACAGAAUACCACCAUCAUCACAUCAACCCCAGCAGCACAGCCAAUGGUUGUAACACAGUACCCUCAGUCAGGCAACCAGGGAGCACCACCACCAGGCUACACCCAACAACCCCAAGGCAUGCCAAUGGAGGAGAAGACGGUCACCCAGCCUGGUGAAGUACCGUACGAGAACGGGCAAUAGUCAAAAUCAGUCGAUUGCAAGCGCGGGAUUCAUGAUGAUGUUCUCUGACAUGAGAGUAAACUUUGGAGUUAAAAUCCGCCUUUUUUUAUUGGAGUAUGAUGGUUUUACAAGGCAGACCAUUGCCAUGUAACAGUAUGUUGAUGCACACUGGGGUAAGGGAAAUAAUUAUCAGACAUAACUAUAAUUAGCCUUUUGAGGUAUGGUGGCCACUAUUGCACUGUUGGUUUGGUUGUAUACAGACAAAUUUACCCUAACCAAAUAUUGUUAUAGUAAUGUGUCUAACAUAUCACACAAAGUUUUUUAACACACAAUCUACGGAUGGAUGAGACAACUGAAAUACCACAGAAUGGAAUGCAAAUUGAAAUGUUACCCUUUUACAAAAUAAAAUUAACCUAUCUGAUUUAUUCGUUCAAUUGGUUUCAGAAAAUGUCAUUAAUUCCAUUUUGUGAAUAAUUAGUAUCUUGAAGCACGCAAUUCGGGCUUAUAGCAUUUCUAUUGCAACUAGUCACAACAUAGUCUGUUUCCCUUUUAGUUCAUACAAAAGUAAUCAACGUUAUGUUAAUUGACAUCGGGAACUUGACAAAGAUGGCUGCCGCCCGGUAAACAAUAUCCUUGGAUAUUGCCAAAGAGAACAGCAAUGUACACCCACUAUUGGUUUCAACGUUUCUUGUUGUUUUUAAAGCAGGGUUUUCCCUUUUUAAAAUAGAUUUAUAAUUCAUAUCAAUUUUGAAUGCACUCGCUGUUGAUCUGCUAUUGUAUAAUGCCAUUUGUUUUAAUGCUUUUUAAGACCUUUCUUUCCUUUACUAAGUAUUAUAAGCGAACAAUGUGACCUUGCCUUACUAGUUCUAACGUGGGUUUGCUUUGGUGUAAUGUUGUACACUCGCACCAUAGUUAAACAAAUAUUUCAACGUAUUGGCAGUUCGAUGGUGUGGAAUACAAACAUAUCAACGUAUUGACAGUUCGAUGAGGAGGAUGUGCAAGAGUAAACAUGUUAAAUGUCGAACAGGCCUAUAUGCUCUAACAUCUGGAACUAACGAAUGGGUACAGACACAAUACAACAAUAAAAGUACAAUAUACAAAGUUGAUAUGAGGUCCUUUUAGAUUCUAAGUUUAAAAGGGGAAACAAAAAUAAGAAUGUAUUAUUAUGAGUGGUUGUGUAUUUUGAACAAUGUUUGUUUAACACGAUUGUAAAUACUUGAUUAUUACUAUAUGUAAAAUAUGACUGCCUUUGAAAAAUAACUAUUAUCCUUAGUGUAGAACUAAUUAUACACGCACAAUCCAGUAGCUGAUUCGAAAUGCACUUAAAAUAUGUUUUCGAUUUAAAGGUAGACUUUAAUAUAGCAGUUUUAACAAGAUGCAAGUGUCAUUGUUUUUGUAUGGGUGUCUGGACUGAACGGCAUCCCAAUCAAAACAAGGACAAAUUUUUUUCAACCCCCACAACCUCCAAUUUCGAAUACAAACAUCUAAAGUUGGUUCACCUCUUGUUAUUAAUAUCACCAUCCGUGGUUCCGUGCGAAGUUUUCUACUUAAUUCGUAUUAGGGCCUUGAUUCGCGUGGAUAAAGUCAACAUCUCCCUGCGCAAACGGUGAGCAUGUAUAAAUGGGCCUAUUGGAUCUAGCAGUCGCAAAGGUGUAAUGAGAAGAAAAAAGGGAAGGAGGAAUAAGGAUUUUGAAUUAUACGCAAACAACGGUAGCGAUGUAGAUUAACCUUUUAUACCUGCAACUGUGUAAACAAUGAGUUACUGUGUAAA